AUGAGUACAGAACAAGUUAACCGAUGGCAUUGCAAACAUGAGGGCUGUGAGAAGAGUUUUGCGAGAAAAGAGCAUCUGAAUCGGCAUGAACGCACUCAUUUACCGGCUGAACUGUUCAUAUGCAAUGUUUGUAAUCAGAAAUUCAAUCGAAGUGACAGUCUUCAUCGGCACCUGAUUAGACACGGAGAUGAGUUCAAACCCACUCCAUCAGGAAGAAGUAAAAAGGCGUGUGUCGCAUGUCACAAAGGAAAAAUCAAAUGUGAUGGAAAUCAACCAUGUUCGAAAUGUGCUUCGAAGGGCUCAGAAUGUAAAUAUGAGCAACAACCUAGUCAGAAUUCGUCCGGGAAACAAAGCGAAGAUGCUGUCACUACCCCGGAAUUCCCACCAUUUACCGUGAAGGGGAUCAUAGACUGGGCUUCCAUGAUGGUCCGGAAGCCGUCAGAAUCUCCCGCCAAGACAGAAUCGGACUUUGAAGAUGAAAAAUCUCAUCUUGUUCGACCGAGUGUAUCUGAUGAGGCAAAAGAAGAAUAUAUUGACAGUUACUUUCGGCAUUUUCACCAUCGAUGGCCGAUUAUUCAUCGACCGUCGUAUUUGGCUUCUGAUCACAGUCUACUUUUGUCAUGCGCCGUGACUAUGAUUGGUGCUUGGAGCUCUCAAGGUGGUGGAGCAAAAAUGUAUUCUAUCGUGAUGCAAGACUAUCUCGUGGCCCGAAUACCUGUGUUACUGCAAAAGCGACACUCCGGAGAACAAUUCCAAGGAACACUUCCGGCAGCUAUAUGUCAGACAGCUUUGUUAGUCAUAAUACAUAGUUUCACGACAGGAAUUGAGAGGCUAGUCUCCUCUUCAAUGCUCAUAUUAGCAAGCUUGGUCACCAUUCUUCACGAAACGGAAUUUUUCAACCCCGCCACAGUUUACAAAGAUGAAAAGCUGGGAUAUUUUCUUCCAAUGCACCAUGCUGCUCUAGGUGAAAGACAGAGACUUGCUCAAUAUCUGUUCAAGAUUGAUAAGUACUUCAGUAUUCUUCGCGGACACCGAGGAAUCAUUCCCCUGGACGCACUUCAUUUUCCACCACCCUCUUCGUAUGCGUUAUGGAAUGGUGAUGGCCUUGAUGUGUGGGAAAGUAGAGUGUUACUGGAACCGUCCUUUCGCGGAGAAAUAUCUAUGGCCGAAAUAUUCGGCAACUCAUUUCCAGAUCAAGGAUCUGACAGCCAACCAAUCUUGGUAGAAGAUGUCCAGAUGUAUAUGUGUGCCCUACAACCCAUGAUUUGGCAACUACACAAAGGGGCUGUACAAUCGAUCGCAAGUUCGUCUCUCAUUGAGUUGAAAACCCAGCUCGACGCUAUCAAGUACAAGCUCGGUCAGAUGGCUUCUCAACAACCGAAUUUGGCCAAUUUUGGAGAAGAAGAACAUCUACUAUAUCGUUAUUAUUUUGGAUACGAAGACCAAAAUAAGGAAGGCUGGCAGCGAGCGCCCAUAAUGAGAGCCAAAACCCUGAUAUUUGAUGCGUUGUCCUUUUAUCACGUCCUCGCUAUAAAUCUUUAUUCGAAUGUUCCUAAGAUCAGGCAGCUGGCAAAAGAUUUGAACUUGGAUAACAAAGCACUUAAUGACAGACAUCGGAAAGCGCAAGAUUCUUGCAGAACCUUCGUCAGUACUUGGGCCAAGACUCAAAACGCCGAAGCAGCUCUCCAUCACGCCAACCAAAUCCUGAGUCUUCACAAAUGUCUCACGCUUGAACUCGACUUUGAACAGAAGGGGCUUGAUGCCAUUACUUAUGGUGGACUCCAAAUUGCGAUGAUCGUUGUAUGGGCGUACUGCAUGUUCAGUGAUAAACCUUGCGCCCGUUGCGAUGGCACCGAAGCAUGCAUCUUGAACAAAGUGUAUGCUGAGAUCGAUGGUCUUCAAGUUUGUCUGUGUAACACCAAUGAAUUGGUCGAAAAGUUUCGAGCGUUCUUGCCAGAUCGCUGGAAUUUACCCGAGACAACCAUAUGA